AUGGGCUCUCUCGGACCGUAUCAGCGCAAACACAAGAUCACUGUGGUGGGCUCAGGAAACUGGGGAUGCGCAAUCGCCAAAAUUGUCGCCGAAAAUGCCGCCAGCAACCCCGCAAUUUUCGAGGAGAAGGUUGAGAUGUGGGUUUUUGAGGAGAAGGUGGAAAUCUCCAAAGACUCCCGGCACUAUGAUCCCUCUUCACCGCUGUGCCAGGGCCCACAAAACCUGACGGAUGUGAUCAACCAAAAGCACGAGAACAUAAAAUACCUGCCAGGAAUUACUCUCCCCUCCAACCUACAUGCUAACCCGUCGUUGGUUGACGCAGUCAAGGAUAGUACCAUCCUUGUCUUCAACCUCCCCCACCAGUUUAUCAUCAAGACCUGUGAGCAGAUCAAGGGCAAGAUCCUGCCCUAUGCGCGGGGUAUCUCCUGCAUCAAGGGUGUCGAUGUGAACGAAGAAGGUAUUCAUCUCUUCUCCGAGACCAUUGGCAAGAUUCUGGGUAUCUACUGCGGUGCUCUUUCUGGCGCGAACAUUGCGAGCGAGGUAGCCCUGGAAAAAUGGUCCGAGUCAAGCAUUGCCUAUGAUCCUCCGCACAUGGAUUCCAAGGCGCCAUCUCCCAAUCCGCUGCCGUCCGACUACCCCCCUGUGGACCACGCCGUCCUGAAGUCGCUCUUCCAUCGUCCGUAUUUCCAUAUCCGUGUGGUGAGUGAUGUCGCGGGUGUGUCGCUUGGAGGCGCCCUUAAGAACGUAGUUGCUCUUGCUGCCGGCUGGGUCGACGGCAUGGGCUGGGGUGACAAUGCCAAGGCUGCCAUCAUGCGGGUUGGCCUUCUCGAGAUGGUCAAGUUUGGUGAAAAGUUCUUCGGGGCCACCAUCAAUACUCGAACCUUCACUGAGGAAAGUGCGGGUGUUGCCGAUCUGAUUACUAGCUGCAGCGGUGGCCGGAACUUUCGCUGCGCGAAACUCAGCAUUGAGAGGAAACAGUCGAUUGAGAAAGUCGAGGAGACGGAACUCAACGGCCAGAAGCUUCAGGGUACUUUGACUGCGGUUGAGGUAAACAACUUCCUGAAGAAGCAAGGCCUUGAGGAGGAAUUUCCCUUGCUUACGGCUGUGUACCGUGUUCUCGAGGGCAGUAUGUCCGUUGGAGAUAUUCCUUCUUACAUUGAGCGGUAA